AUGGCAGAAGCAACACUAGCUUCCGCGGUGAUUGUUCCCGAUGACAAUGCGUCUCCGGAAGCAGGACAAAAGCGAAGACAGUCCUCAACGACCGACCUUGAUUCUGACAUCAAGCGCCGUCGCCUCAGCACUCAAAACGAUGACCAAAGUCCCGAACAACCUCAAGCCCGCAGACCAUCCUCUCCGAAACAAGAAUCCCAGGACACAGAACGCAAGCGCAAUCGCCGGGAUGAGGAGCGGAAGCGUGGACAGCGAUUGUUCGGCUCCUUACUUGGGACACUCUCGCAGAGCUCCAACUCCGCGGCGCAACGGCGGCGGGCGGAUAUUGAGCGGAAGCAGCAAGACAAGCUCAAACUACAGGAUGAGGAGUAUGGGGAGCUGAAGAAGAAGAGGCGCGAGGAACGGUUUGCUACGCGGAAGAAGGAGCAGAAGGUUUACGAGAAGGAGAUGAUGCAUACUCGUCACGCAAACCUCCUGGCGAUGGCCCACUUUUUGAAGACCAAGUCGGAGCCAAUAUUGUACUACAAACCAUGGCAACUGCGACCCGAGCAAGAAGAUAUCAUACGGGAUCAAAUACGGGAAGCGGAGGCCACAAUAGCACGGGAAGAAGAGGAAUUCGAUGGCCGCAAUGCACAAGAGGCCCAGGCAGAAACCGAGAAGCACGACCAGCCUGAAGAGAAACCAGAGGAGCAAACAGAACAAGCGGAACCCAGUCAAGACGCACAAGAAGAUCAGCCAGAGGAGCAAAAGGAAACAGCAGCUGUUGACACGAACCACGAGAAAGAGCCCGAAGAGACUAAACCUGACAGUGCCUCAACUGAAGCUGUCCCAGCGACCUCUCAUCAAGAAGACCACCGAGGAGCCGACGACGAUGGAGGGGAGGUAGUUGAGGAUAACGAGGAUACGGUGAUCUACUAG